CGCCCCGGAAGUGAUCUGCGGCGGCUGCUGCAGAGCGGCCAGGAGGAGGGUGGAUCUCUGGAGAGCGGAGCGCCCCUAGUCCUCCUCCUCCUCCUGCCGCCCAGGCUCCGCCGCCGCCCGUCGGACUCGUCCUUCUGCCUCUCGCGGCGGGGAACCUCCCAGACGACCAGGGCUGAGCUCUCUCCGGCCGAAGCCAGCUCAGUCGCGGCUUCCGGAGCCCGCGGGGCGGCAGACCGGCUUGCGGUGCAGGACCCAUGUUGCCUUUUUCUCUCUGGGUCACAUUGCCUCACUGGCAUGCAGUUCAUCCUUGAGAGGUUUUGGGAUGCCUUGCUGUGAAGACCCUCAAGCCUCACCCUCUGGUAAAUUGAUGGCACCUUGAUGGCAGAGCUUGGGCAGGAGAUUCUUCUUAAGCCUUUGCUGAAAACUCUUUGACACAAGAUGGCUGCAAAUAAGCCCAAGGGUCAGAAUUCUUUGGCCUUACACAAAGUCAUCAUGGUGGGCAGUGGUGGUGUGGGCAAGUCCGCUCUGACUCUACAGUUCAUGUAUGAUGAGUUUGUGGAGGACUACGAGCCUACCAAAGCGGACAGCUAUCGGAAGAAGGUCGUGCUGGAUGGGGAGGAAGUGCAGAUCGAUAUCUUGGAUACAGCUGGGCAGGAGGAUUACGCUGCAAUUAGAGACAACUACUUUCGGAGCGGGGAGGGUUUCCUCUGUGUCUUCUCGAUUACAGAAAUGGAAUCCUUUGCAGCCACAGCCGACUUCAGGGAGCAGAUCUUAAGAGUAAAAGAAGAUGAGAAUGUUCCAUUUCUGCUGGUUGGUAACAAAUCAGAUUUAGAAGAUAAAAGGCAGGUUUCUGUAGAAGAGGCGAAAACCAGAGCCGACCAGUGGAAUGUCAACUAUGUGGAAACAUCUGCUAAAACUCGAGCUAAUGUUGACAAGGUAUUUUUUGACUUAAUGAGGGAAAUUCGAGCCAGAAAAAUGGAAGACAGCAAAGAAAAGAAUGGAAAAAAGAAGAGGAAAAGUUUAGCCAAGAGAAUCAGAGAAAGAUGCUGCAUUUUAUAAUCGAAGUCCAAACUCCUUUCUUAUCUUGACCAUACUAAUAAAUAUAAUUUAUAAGCAUUG